CUUCUAUUUAUUUUUAGAAUAAAAAAAAAAUUUUUUGAUUUUCAUUUAACUCUGAAACUUUAUUCGAAGUGAUCGAUAUAUUAUCUGAAAACUGAAAUUGAAUACUCAACAAAAUGGCUGAUGAAAAUGUAGACCUUAAUGUAGAAAAUUUUCCAAAGAUUAAUGUUGCACCGGCGUACAUGUGUGCUGGGAAGCGUCGGGAAUUCCUGCACAAUAAAGUCAAGAAACUCCCACGGAGUGUAAAGGAUAAGAUCAUCGUGCUAAAAAAUAUGCAGCUCGAUUACAUACAACUAGAGGAGCAAUAUUUCCAACAACUUUACACAUUGCAAAGUGAGUUUCAAGAUCGCUUUCAGCAGCUAAAUGACCAACGUCAAAGUAUCGUCAUGGGUACUACUGAGCCACCUGCAGAAGAGCCAAAUUAUAACGCUGUUCCUCUAGAGGUCGGACCAGAUGCGCUGACUGAACAGGACUGCGCACAAGUCCAAAGCUUUUAUGAUGACAUCGAGGAAAACUGUAAGGGCAUUCCGAAUUUUUGGUUAACUAUAUUGAGAAAUAUCAAAGCAUUUGCUGUUUUAAUACAUGAACGUGAUGAACCAGCACUCAAGAAACUUGUGGAUAUCAAAGCUAAAUUUGACAAGUUGGAUUCAUUCACACUAGAGUUUUAUUUCAAGCGAAAUAGAUAUUUCUCUAAUACAUUACUUACCCGUCAAUAUUUUCUACGUACCACCGCUGAGGAUGACAAACCAUUUCAUUUUGACGGUCUAGAGAUUUACAAGACACAUGGUUGUGUCAUUGAUUGGUAUCCAAAUAUGGAGUUAACCGAAGGUUUUAACUCUACAUUCACCUCAGACUUUCAGACCUGGACUUUUGAAUCAUUUUUUGAGUUCUUCUACAUACCAGACGCUCGGCUUGAUGACGAGAAAAAUAAAAAACUUAGAGACAUGGAUUUUGAAUUGGCGUACCUUCUUCGUAAUAAAGUUAUACCACGUGCCGUACUGUACUAUACAGGAGAUAUCGUUGAUGAUGAAAAUGAUAAGAAAGAAAUCAGUGAACUCUAUUUUUCAUUUGACGAUGAUAUUGAAUCCGAAGGAUCAGUUGAAAUUAUUGGAAACGAUGAUAUUGACGAAUAUGUGAACCCAUCUACUAACGCUUACUAACACAACUCUAAAUCUAUCAUCAAUUAGAAACAAUAUUUUUUUUUACAAUAAUUUUACAAUUUUUAAUUAAAUUAAAUACAU